UCAGUUAUUAAUAUUUUUGCGACCAAAACACAAAUUAGUCCUAAUUUUGGCGACAAUUUUAACCGUAAUUAAGAAAUAGUGGUCGAAAUGGAUGAGACAUAUGAGACCUACUCGUCGAUGGCAGACAUGAGUCGCCGGGAGUUGUAUUCAGUGGUCAACGCAUUGAAGAGAGAAAACAAUUGUUUGAAAACAGAUUUACAGACAUUUGCUGUCAUUUCGCGGAAAUGCAGACAAUAUUUACGGGAUUUGCUAAACAGUGGACACAUUGACAGUCACGUCACUCAAGAGAUAUUGGAUUUGCUUGAUAUGAACGCACAGAAGACUGUCGUCGCUGUCGAUGCACUCAAUGUUCCGCAAAGAAGUGGCACUCAGAGGAAUGUAAUGUCCUUCAAAUUGGAGGCCAUGGGAAGCGGUGGUCGACCGCAACUCCAGAGGAAUGUUGUGUGGCUUAACCGACAAGAGGUGGACAGCGAUGGACACGAGUCGGACGGCGUCACCGGAAGCGCUGAUGAGUACGAAGACAUGGAUGAGAGUCGUGACGACUCCUUAAGGCCGACGACUCCGAAGUCGAAGCGGAUUUCAUUUGCCACUAAUUUGGUUCAAUUCAGUGGUCAUAAUGAAAGCGAUGGCACUGAAAGACUGUCUUCGGCUAAGAAACUGUUGGGAACCGCUGUGUGCGGACACCGCGGAUGCCAUAAGUCGUUCGCCAACUUCCGUAAUCUGGAUCGCCAUCAGUCGGCCACUCAUCCGGACAUCCGGUUCUUCUGCGACCGCGAGAACUGUUUCGCACACUUCGGAACCGCUGAACGACUGACGGCUCAUAAGAGAGACGACAAUCACCUCAUGGACUGCGAGUCCUACGAGUGCGGACUCAAUGGCUGCCAGUUUCGGGCGUUAGCUCGCGAUGUCCUCCAGGAGCACAUCAGUUGCCAUACGUUCGACGAUCUAAUGAGUGAUAAGUUCUUCGUUUGCGAUUUCCGUGGCUGUGAGAAGCAGUUCCGACGCCUGGACUACCUAAUGGUGCAUAAAAAACGCCAUAAAAGCGCGGAUUACCGGUGCGAUGUCGACGACUGUGGCACACUGUUUCCCAGUCAUCUGGAACUGGUGGAGCACUUGCAGAUGGUUCACGAGAGAUACCUGUGCGAUGUGGACGGCUGUGACUUCAUUACGGACCUCGAGAGCGAAGUACUGUCACAUCAACUGAUCCACAAGACUGACAGCCAAGAGGUGGACAUGGAUUUAGACGACAGUUCGAAAGGAAAGCCUAAACGAGAGCACGAAGACAGUGGCGACGAAUCAGAUGCCGAUUCCACACCAAAAGCUACGAAAAGGAAUAAAACGAAUGGACAGUAUGUCUGUGAGUACGAGGGUUGCUAUAAGUCGUACACCGACACGAGGAGUCUUCGAGAGCACGAGUCGACACAUUCGGGCAAAAGAUUUUAUUGCGAUUACAAGGGCUGUUGCAAACACUUCGCGUUCUCGCGAUCGGUUCGCUUGCAUAAGAAGUCCGGUAACCAUGUGGUGGGACAGCCCUACGAGUGCUCUGAGACGGGCUGUACUUUCACGACAAAAACCAAA